AAUCCCGCCCGCUGCGGCUCAUUCUUCUUUUCUCUCUGCAUUUUGCAUUGUCUUCUGGCCAGCUCUGAUCUUUCUUCAAUUUCCAUCCCUCCUCUGACCGACUUCGAUCCUCUCGCAGAACCGUCGUCGUCCUCCUCUCCCUUUCCAGAGUCCGGUGUUCCCUUGUCCUUCAUUGGCUGAGGCGCACCUCCUGAGGACAAGCAGGAAAAAUCAAAAAUAAAAAAAUUCACGAGCUGCGGAAGCAAUCCUUCAACCGCUAGCAAUCCUCAUACAGUCUCGUUCACAAUGGCUACAGCAGCAACCAAGUUCCUGCGAGAGUACAAGCUCGUCGUCGUUGGCGGUGGUGGUGUCGGUAAAUCUUGCUUGACCAUCCAAUUGAUUCAGAGCCAUUUCGUCGACGAGUAUGAUCCCACAAUUGAAGACUCUUACCGAAAGCAAUGCGUCAUUGACGAUGAGGUCGCCCUGCUCGAUGUUCUCGACACCGCUGGUCAGGAGGAGUACAGUGCCAUGCGAGAGCAGUACAUGCGGACAGGAGAGGGUUUCUUGCUGGUCUACUCCAUCACAUCACGACAGAGCUUCGAGGAAAUCACGACCUUCCAGCAGCAGAUCCUGAGAGUCAAGGACAAGGACUACUUCCCCAUGGUGGUUGUUGGCAACAAGUGCGAUCUGGAAGGCGAGCGAGAAGUCACCAGGCAAGAGGGAGAGGCGUUGGCGCGGUCGUUCAACUGCAAGUUCAUUGAGACGUCUGCCAAGUCCCGAAUCAAUGUCGACAAGGCCUUCUACGACAUUGUUCGCGAGAUCCGAAGAUACAACCGCGAGAUGCAGGGCUACUCAACCGGCAGCGGCACCAACUCGGGCGCCAACCCGCCCAAGCCCAUGGACAUUGAGGGCGAGGAGCAGGAGGGCGGCUGCUGCAAGUGCGUCAUCAUGUGAGAGCCUUUGCUGUGCAAGCCAGAGAUGGGAGGCUGCAUUGUCUUGUGAUUCAUGAUGACUAGAGGCGACAUUCAUGGUGGAAACGAGAGGCUUUUGGACGCUCGAAUUGAACUACAGCGCGCGGCGGACGGCCUUGGACGAUCGACGAGCACACAAUACCUCUCAAUGCAUCGGACGGGGAGUCGGGUUCUGACUUGGGUCGCGCAUUCGGAUUUUCUUUUUUCUUCUGUUGCCUUUUUCAUUUUUUCCCUUUAUGUCUUGUGUUUAUUUCGACGAAAAUAUUUCUCCGCGCGUUGUUGCGAGAUGAAACCGACGGGGUUAGCUGUGUCAAACGGCACACACACAGCCUGGCGCCCCUUGCCAAAGCGCGCGCGUGCGUGCGGUUCCGCAGCGUGCCGACGAAAAGGGGGGCCUGUUCGUUGCACCACCAGGAGGAGGGGAGGAAGAAAAACAGACGAGGGGAGGCGCUUUUGAAUGAAUCGGGCCAGGCGAGGGCGGGAGAGCAUGAUGACGAGGGAACUUGGACUCUGCGGCAUGCGUGUGUGCACGCAGACAAAAAGAAGGCCUCGGGGAGGCCGCGGCCAUUAAUUCUCCCUCGUGGGCUUUUUUUGCGAGGAUGGUUCUUCUCUUGACUCUGAGAAUACGGGUCAUACUUUCUUCUCUUAUAUCCCAUUUAUCUCACACGUGUAAUUUGUUUUUUUCUUCUACUUAUUGACUGUUAACUUGCAUGGUAUAAUGAGGAUUCGCUUCAAGAUUCUGCUGUCCUUUUGUAUUUAGGACAAACAAUUUUACGGAUGCUUUGGCUUCCAAUUUGGUCUGUGUUG